CCGCCUUCUGGAAUGUUGGAGCUCAUGUUUACCUACUGUACAUGAAUAGAUAGACAGCGCCGUGUCCACUCUUUGCUUCAUUCCCGGCUCAAACACUCCCCUACAUUCUCUCGUUAAUUUCAACCGUCGCUCAUUACUGCUAUUCUUAGCUUUCACUUCUCUCUCGCUAAAUCUCCUUUCUUUCUUUGUCUUUUCAUGUGCAAUCUCCGAUCCUUUUCCCCUCUUCAUAUCUGCCCGGCCGACCGCAAAACGCCUCUUCCGCCAAACUUGAUCGAGUCGUUCUGACGUGCUCAAAACAUUCUUCGCCUGCAUGAAGAUAUAGAUCAGAAACUUUCUCGUUCCUUCCCGUUUCCUCGUCCGUUUGCUUUUCUUGCGCACGCUACUUGUGGGCAAUGCAAGUAGCUUGCUGCAUACUUGGCCAGAAACCACACCCAUACAACCAACUCAAUCAAUGCGAAUGAAGACCUCGUUAUAUCAAGAGACAGUGGAUGAUUGACAACACUCAUUGCUAGCCAUGGCAUACACUUCGUUGAGCGCGAAAAGCAAAUCAUCCGGCCCCGGAUCGUCCCUCCGAGUUACUCCUUCCAACUCGCCCAAUCUACGCCCGCCGCCGCGCACCCCCAACAAACCUCCCUUGCACCAGAGUACUUUAACUCUCCAGACGGUAAUCAGCACCACCACAACCACCCCCAAUGGAUUCUCGAGUCACGAUCAAAGCAAGUCCUUUGCUUUCUGUGCCGGUUCUGCGGCUGUGUUGGCAGAGGUGGACGAGGCAGGAAACGUGAAUCAACGCUUUUUCAGAGCUCGACCCUCCGUGUCCAGCGUCAACCCGGUCACCUCAUACUACCACCAGUCCACGCCUCCUACCACCCCGGAUACUCGUGCGAAACCUCUAUCAAGCCUGAGACCUACAUCGAGCGCCAGUGUCCACAAUGGAUCUCCUUCGAGCGAUUUGGCAGAAAGUGCCGGCCCCCGACCUUGGUCAUCGAGAGAAAGAGUGAAAGCGGUUACUGGUGUUUCUAUAAGUCCGAAUGGGAGAUUACUUGCAGUUGGGGAGACCGGUUAUAGCCCGCGAGUUCUGAUAUUUUCAACGGCAAAAGAUGCCCCCUCCGACGUCCCUCUCUCUAUUAUGAACGACCAUACAUUUGGGGUCCGCAGUCUUGCUUUCAGCUCCAACUCAUUGAACUUAGCGACGCUGGGGGAUGCGAAUGACGGGUUUCUUUUUGUGUGGUCGAUCAGCCCGAAAAAUGGCGCUGCACAGCUCCAUUCGACCAAUAAAUGUACUGCACACAUCAGGGACAUGUGUUGGAUGGGACAAACCUUGGUCACGUAUGUAUUGCUGUGAAAUUCCACGGUAGUAUGAUUUGGUACUAACCAAGUUCUAGUGCCGGAGUUCGACAUGUGAAAGUCUGGAGACUCGCAGACGCAAGGCCCGGAUCGCCCAUGAAAUCACGCUUAACCCUGGAAUCGGCCCCGAACUCUCCGAAUAUUACUCCAAAGGCACUGUCAGGGAGAAAUUGCUUACUAGGUACUUUGGCGGAGAGCACGUUUACUAGCGUGGCGAGCGUCUCCGAUACUGGUGCCGUUGUAGGCACAGAUAAAGGGUCACUUUGCUUUAUAGACGAUAACGAGGGUACUCAAAAGUUAUCUCUUGUUCAGCACAUAGGCUUCGGGAUCACUUCCUUGGCGGUUGAUUCAGAUCGGUCCUGCAUCUGGAUCGGUGGCCGUGAUGGGCAAAUACAAAGCGUCCCAUUGAACAUUUUACAAAACUCGAUUCCGCCUCCGUCGCCGACUCAGUCAGAGUCGUCCUUCCUGACAGAAAUUCAAGAUAAAAAACCCGCCAUAAGCUGUAUGGGAUAUCUCACCUCACAUCUGGUGACACUUGAUGUUACAAGGGCAAUCCGUGUGUACCCCGUUGAGGCGUUGGGUGAUGAAAAUGAGCUGGCUGAUACGGCAAAUUCCCUUCCUGGGUACAAAGACGCUGUACUUGGUGUCCGACCUUUGCAAUUGCCAAACGAUCUGGACGCCGACUUUUUCACAUGGUCAUGUAAAGGCACUGUGAAUUUUUGGGACAUCCGGGGCCGGAAUCGAGCGACCCAAACAGUCCCUUUAGAGGCUUCUGGAAGUAGCGAGGACUCUUCAAAUGAACUAAAAGUCCUUCGUACGACGCAUGAUACGGAUCUCUUUGUUGCAGGGGAUAAAUUUGGUGUCUUGAGAGUAAUGGAUGGCAAAACCUGGAAUUGUACAAAUGAAGCUCGAGCGCAUGGGGGUGAAAUCACAGACAUUGCCUUGCAUUCAACUUUUGACUCCCGCUUGAUUGCCAGUUGUGGACGUGACCGCAUGGUCCAGCUCUUCCAAAAAUCCGACGAGGACUUUCAACUAAUACAAACCAUGGAUGAUCAUGUCGGAGCUAUCAGCCAGUUGCUCUUCGUCAAUGACGGUGAAAAGCUCCUCUCUGGCUCUGCCGACCGUACUAUCCGUGUUCGGGAUCGUGUGACCCGAGAGGAAAAUGGGACGACAGAAAUUGCGUACCUAGUAUCAAGAGUGAUCACGUUGAAGGCGUCUCCGAUUUCUAUGACUCUGGCCCCUGAAGACGCAAACGUUGUCGUCGUAUCCACAAUAGACCGCUGUGUCCAGCAUUACGACAUCGUUACUGGCCGCCUCUUGCAAUCAUUUCGCCCUGCCGACUCCGACUCCAGUGAUACUGUCGUUAUGGGCUCCCUAACAGUUGCCGAAGAAGUUCCAGGACAAAGCCCCAGGCUUCUCAUUGGGGUGUCGGGGACGGACAAAUCGAUCCGCGUCUACGAUAUAGAACGGGCAGCUCUUCUUACCGGUGAAUUUGGCCAUACAGAGGGUGUCAGUGACGUUUGUCUGCUCGAACGCGAGUCAUGUUCUCACGAGCAACCCGUCGCUCGGACUAUAAUUAGUUCAGGCAUUGAUGGUAUUGUUAUGAUAUGGAACGUAUCAGUGCAGCCGCUGCAGAGUCAAGAGCGAACCGAUGAAGACACAGCUCCGAAGGAACUAUCUGCUUCCAAUCCUCCUCUGCGCAAACUAUUGUCUCGUACCGACCUUGCCGGAUUUCAUCGCCAAGAAAAUAUACCUGGCACUCCAACUCCAGUGCGCGAACACUCCCCGCCGCUAUCCCGGAAACUGUCAAAACUUUCGCUCGCUCCUUCAUCUGGGAAGCACUGUCACUCAUUGCCGACAACUCCGCCUUACGCUUCAUUUAAUCGAUCUUCUGCUUCGAGCCAUCGCUUUGAGAAACAACACAGAUCGCCUUCGCCGUCGAGUCCCAAGUCCGCAUUUGGAAAGAAAAGCAGGCAUACAAAUAGCACUGCUCGCCACUCACACGAACUACGUACGCGUACUCGAAGCUCCAACAGAACUGAGUUUGGAAAUUUAGACACGUCUACCGAUCAAGUUUGCCGUACGUUGCGAGCUUAUAGAAAGAAACUCAACGGAUCCACUGAUAGUGUUCACUCUCAAAAAGAGCUGGAGCGGGAACUGAACCUCACUCUGAGGGUUUUAACCUCUCGAACGAAUGCAUGCGAUAGCGCAGAUGCUGAGACUGAUAGCAGCGGAAAAGAAAAUGAAAGACUAGCGGUUCCGACGCAUAAGCCAGCUCGUCGGGUGCCAUCAACCCCGAACUUGGGCCAACGUGAAUCACAGAAGGUCCUGAGAAGUCAUUCUUUUGAUGCGAAUGCGGGAUAAUCUAUGUGCUUUCCAUUCCAUUACAUCUUUCGAUGCCGAUUUCCUUCUUUUCCUUUCCAAAAUGUCUGGACAUUCUGUAAAGGAAAUACUUCCUUUAUGCCAGACUUGAAUAAGCCGCAGGCUAUUAUGAUUCUCUUUCGAGCCCAUAUUACUUUCUUGCAUUGCCGGUGUUGUUUUUGAUACCGUCUCUCUCUGGGUACAAUAGCGAUCUACGGAGUCUGGAGCACAACACCCGCUCACGCCUUUGGCUUGCAAUUCUUUUACAAACACUCCUGUGGCUGUAUUGCACUCACUUCAUUUACUUCCGGUCGUUCUGCCUUCGCUUUUCAUGUCUUUUUUGGGCAUAACUGCCUUUUCCUGACCCCUUCUUCAUGCGUAUUUUCUAAUUUCCGUCUAAUUCCCACAUGAUACCCCAUUUUCGAACGGAUUUCUGAAGAGGUCCGUCUUGUUACAGCAUGGUUCAAUGCUAAAUAUAUUGAUUUGGUUAUCUUUCAAGUUAACCUCAACGCCUGUUCCAUAACACAAAUUGAUCUUCAUAAACCCACA